GAGUGUCACUAUGGUUGCCAAAUGAGGCGACUAUAAAAACAUGAUUCUACGGUCUUGACUUGCUGCCUCCAUGCAGAAAAACGAAAAAUGACCAGCAAAGAAGUUUAUGAACUGAUCAGUUUACAUGGUUCAUGCGAAAUGGGUUCGCCUCCAUCGACUCUUCCCACAGUAGGAACCAACCUAACAGACCUGAUCUUGAAAAAGAAGAAGGUGACAGUGAGGGAAAUUGGGGGCUGUAUGGGGCCUAUAUGGCCCAGUUACUUCCAGGACUGCUUCUCUGUUAUUUUCAUGGUGGAUUCAGCCAACAUUGUCCAGAUAUCCUCCUCCUGUAUCCAGUUGCUGUCUGUGCUCUCUGCUGAGCCUCUGCGCAGUACCUCUGUGCUUAUUCUCUUCAACAAGAGAGACAUGCCUUGUAUCAUGAGCCUCACAGAGAUAAAGUCACUGUUCAGAAUGGAUGACAUCAUUGCAUCGGCUCCUCAGCCUAUCACAACACUGGAGGCCAGUGCCCGCUCUGGACAGGGUUUGCAAGAGGUGCUGGGGUGGCUGGAGUCUGUCACAGUCAAGUGACGUGUGCUUGAGAUUUUACUGAGACGUUCCUCUGAGAACUCGAAGAAGCCUUCUAGACACUUUACAUCAAGAUUCCCAGUCUACAGCAACGACUCUGAUUUCAGGUGAUUUGAUGCCACAUUUAAUGCUGGACAAAGAAAAAGAAAAUGGGCUGCAAACCUUUUAAGAAGUGAAAUUUAAGAGGGAAAUUUGUCCUAUUAUUUGCUGGACAAAGUACGGUUGUAUGAAGUAAUCAUUGUGAUGUUUGCUCAGUAACGUCGGUUAGGUUACAUCUGCCAAUUUUCUUUUAUACAAGUCGCUCCAACUAAUUCAUUCCUGCCUAAUGAGCAGUAAUAUAACCGCAAGCUAGGGCUAAAUAUUAUGAAUCCAAAUAUAGACGUGUGUUUGACUUAAACUCUCUUAAGUUUUAAUGGUUUAUGAAUGAGGGAGAAAAAGGAGUGUGACUUGUCAAUAAAAAUACUGUACCCAGAGGCAGUUAACUACUGGUUCUAGAGGUUCAAAUUACAAAUUAUUAAAAGCUUAUUGUGCAGUUACAGAUUGCAUAAAAUUAAUGUUACCACAUUUUGCAUAUUAUUAGAAUAUUGUUAUAAAACAUCCCAACUAACGAGUGAGGAAACCAUUAUGCAGAGAAAGACACAAAAAGAAGUACAAAUGUUUGCAGAAGUAGGUUACAAUCGCUCUGAGAUGAUGUGCUGUGUAGAGGAAAGCAAAGUACAACUCUUUGUGUUUAUUUAUAGGCCAGAAAAUGAAGGCCACUAUAAAAAAUACAGAGCUAGAUAAAGGUACACAUAUGGAUGAAAUGGAUAAUUUUCUAGGUGUUGAUCAAAGUGCAGAAGGAAGAUUCAUCACUAAAAUUAGUUUCUGGCAUAAAUCUAAGUUCUUUCAACAGAACUGGGUCAAUGACUUGAAUUGCACAUAAAGCACAAAAAAAGGAAUUAUUGAGGGGAGAAAGUGGACUGUUUUAAAACCUGGCAGUGGAUUAUUCCUCUGUUAAAUCUAGCUAAAAUCUAGUGCUAACCCAAAAUAAUAUAACAAAUAAAACAAACUGCUCAUGGUCAGGACUUGGUCAGUGAAUCUUUUCCUUCCAUUAAGUUUUUCUGCUUUUCAGAAAUUACCAUUUGUUAUGUUCACUCAUGGUGCCACUCUGCUGCACAGCUGCUGAAUCAGCUAUCCAGUCCAUAUAUUAUAUUUAAAGUUAUUUUUUUCUUUAGCUGCAAGUAAACAGUGAAAAUUACUAAUGAGUAUAACAGAUCUAUGUAAGCUUCUUUUAUAUUCUAAUUUAUAAAGGUUUUUUUUCAGUGAUAUAAAAAUUUAGUAAGAUGCACCCAUUUAUGUGGUAACUUGUUUAUAUACCAGUAUCAGUAUUGGGGUACAGCAUAAAUGUUUAUGGAUUUUUUUGCCAACAUCUAUACUUUUCUUCUUCACUGGUCUCUGGAGCGCUUUGAUUUAA